AUGUCCUGGCGCGUGUCGGGUGACCGAGCCACGCACCCGCUUAUACAGGAGAGGCGGGCUCGCCCGCUCCGAGCGCCGGACAGAGCUCGGCAGACACAGAUCCUGUCCCCACGGCGCCCACCAGGCCCGGGGUGCUCACCAUACAGCGAAGCGCGGGGGACCAGGGGCACAGGGAGACCUCGACUGGCUUCACCGCACCGCAUCCUCCCGGGAAGGCCGGGGCCCCCUCGCCCUGCGUCAACGACCACGCAAGGCCCAAACUCGGGUUCUCCGCAGCUGCCCGGCCCCUACCAGGAACGGCCUUCCACUGCCCCGGCCGCCCCGCUGCUCAGGCCCUGCUCCCGGGAGGCUGCCCCGCGCGGACGCUCUCCUGGCCAGCGGCCAGAGCAAGGAGCUGACAGAGACCGGCCGGGCUGGAGCUGCGCCCCGUGGUGGCCGGAGGGACCCCGGCCACCUGCCGCACGGCCGCCCACCACCCGCGGACCGCGCCCCAGGCUGCCCCGGGUCGGCUUCCGAACUUCCCGGAUAGAGCGGCCGAGGAGCCAAGGAGCGGUCUGCGGCCUCCGCCCCGAAAGAGCGACCCCAACCCCGCCCCCCAAAGCCCGAAACUCCCCCGCACCUGCCGAGCCCAGACUGCAGCGGAGCCGCCGAGCGAAGCCCACCGGCGCGGCCAGACCGGAACCCGGCCGGUUCCCGGAAGCUACCCCGAGUCACUUCCGGGCCGCUCUAGGACGCCGGGAGGACCGGGCCCUCUGUGAUCCGGCCACGUGA